UCAUUACCGUGUCCCCGCCCCCGGAGCGGCAGUGCUGGCUGGCGGCCCCUCGUUCGGCCAUUUGUAUAGCGGCGCAGGGACCCCCGCCCCGGGUAUGGCCGGCUGGAAGGACGGCUCGGUGCAGGACAAGUACCGGCUGGUGGUGGUGGGCGGCGGCGGGGUGGGGAAGUCCGCGCUCACCAUCCAGUUCAUCCAGUCUUACUUCGUGACGGACUACGACCCUACCAUUGAAGAUUCCUACACCAAGCAAUGUGUGAUCGAUGAGCGCGCGGCGCGCCUGGACAUCCUGGACACCGCGGGGCAGGAGGAGUUCGGAGCCAUGAGAGAACAAUAUAUGAGGACGGGAGAAGGAUUCCUGCUGGUGUUCUCUGUCACCGACCGGGGGAGCUUUGAAGAAAUCUAUAAAUUCCAGAGACAAAUCCUCAGAGUAAAAGAUCGGGAUGAAUUUCCGAUGAUCCUGGUUGGAAAUAAGGCAGAUCUGGAGCAUCAGAGACAGGUAACUCAGGAGGAGGGGCACCAAUUGGCGCGGCAGCUGAAAGUGACGUAUAUGGAGGCGUCUGCGAAAAUCCGAAUGAACGUCGAUCAAGCUUUUCAUGAACUGGUGCGAGUGGUGAGGAAGUUUCAGGAGCAGGAGUGCCCCCCCUCCCCGGAGCCGACGCGGAAGGAGAAGGACAAGAAUGGCUGUCAUUGCGUCAUCUUCUAGGGGCGGCUGGCGCAGCUGACACUCGGCGUCCUGUCUGAGCAGCGUCUUAUCUCACGUCACCAGGAUGGCCUUAGACCAUGUGACCCUGGACGCAGGAAAGUCCCUUGAAGCCCCCCCCCCCCCCCCCCCCCCCCCACACACACAGGAGCGAGCAGGUCUCUCUGAAAACUCACCGACCCCCACCCACCUUUCCUUCUUUUACGGUACAAUUUUAGCGGCGGCUCCGGACGCAGCGCGUGAUGUCCGUCUGCAAAUUCCACGUUGAUGCGCGGCGACUCUUUUUUUUCUUUAUAAUUAUUUUACCUCCUUUUUUUAUUUUUAUUGAAUUAUUCUGUCGCGUUUCAGCAUCCGAUUUUUAUUCACCAAGAAUCCGGUUUCGAAGUGUCCUUUCCUUUCAAGAUGGCGGUUGUCGUUAUUUUUCCGUUCACCUCUGUCAGUAUUGGCGUAGAAAAUCGUUGUGCAUAGGGAGGGGGGGGCAGGGGCGGUUUCCUGGUCAUGUGAUCUGCGUCACGUCUUUAUUAUUUACGCCUUUCUAGCGAUAAUGUAGCAGCCCCCCCCAUCUGUAAGCCAAGUACUGAGGACUCAUUCGCCACCCGCCGCGCCCGACCGGAGAACUAAGUGCCUGAGCUGAACUCUGACCCCGGAGGGAUGGGCGCACAUAUGGCGUUAUAUACGCGGGCGGUGAGCGUCGUAACCGUUGCCAAAUUCUAAUUAUAAUAAAGGUUAUUGGUUUAAAA